UGUUAUCUUAUACCGUUGACCAAAUACGCAUGGGUUUUGCAAAUAUACGUAUACACAGCUCAUCUCCUCCUCUCUUCUCUCUCGUUUCAGUCACAAGACGACUCACCCAACAAAGCAACUUCGCUUCACGAGCUCAAAGCUUCUCCCUCUCUCUCUCCGUCACGCAUUUUCAUCUGUGAUUCUCGAGCUUUCUCGUUUUCCCCUUUUCAAAGAGACUUUGGUCGGUGAUGGUGAUUAAGAGCAGAUGAAAGUCACCGGAAAGCCGUAUCCGACGGCGACAUUACAGGCCUUGGAGUCAGAGACGAAGCUGUUCACUAACCCUCCAGAUCUCAGGGCUAUACAGAGAGCUACCACAGUCACUAAACGCAGAGCAAGGAACCCGAGCUUGACACGUCAGCGAAGAUCCGCCGCUCCCGGCGGGAGAAGAAGCCGGCCGGAGACUCCUCUUCUGAAAUGGAAAGUCGAGGAUCGGAACAGAGAGAGAGGCGGCGUUGUUGAAGAAGACGAUGAUUACGAGGAUGAGAGAGAGACCACUUCACGGCGCAAGGAUCGGAGGAAAACAACUCGGCCGGUUUCGGUUAGGAAACUCGCCGCCGGGCUAUGGCGGUUGCAGGUUCCCGACGCGGUGGUUAGCGGCGGAGAGAGAAAGGUGAAAGAGGGAUUAGGGUUUCAGGGAGGUGUUCCAUAUCUUUAUCACCACAGUGACAAACCUUCUGGUGGCUCAAAGAACAGGAUAAGGCAGAACCCUAGCACCAUCGCGACUACAAAGAAUGGAUUCUUGUGUACGCUCGAGCCUUCAAUGCCAUUUCCACACUCGGCUAUGGAAGGGGCGACGAAAUGGGAUCCUGUCUGCAUGGACACAACGGACGAAGUACACCAAAUCUACAGCAACAUGAAGCGCAUUGACCAACAAGUGAACGCCGUAUCAUUAGUCACUUCCCUCGAAGCAGAGCUGGAGGAAGCACACGCCCGCAUCGACGAACUCGAGAGCGAGAAGCGUUCCCACAAGAAGAAGCUCGAGCAGUUCCUGAGGAAAGUCAGCGAGGAGAGAGCCGCGUGGAGGAGCAGAGAGCACGAGAAGGUCCGAGCGAUCAUCGACGACAUGAAAUCCGACAUGAACAGAGAAAAAAAGACACGUCAGAGAUUAGAGAUCGUGAAUCAUAAACUAGUCAACGAGCUCGCAGACUCCAAGGUAGCUGCAAAGCGUUACAUGCAGGACUUCGAAAAGGAAAGAAAAACUAGAGAAUUGAUCGAGGAGGUCUGCGAUGAGCUCGCUAAGGAGAUAGGAGAAGACAAAGCUGAGAUCGAAGCCUUGAAGAGAGAGUCAAUGUCCCUGAGAGAAGAAGUAGACGACGAGAGAAGGAUGCUGCAGAUGGCUGAGGUCUGGCGCGAGGAGCGUGUUCAGAUGAAGCUUAUUGAUGCUAAAGUAGCGUUAGAGGAAAAGUACUCGCAGAUGAACAAGCUUGUAGCGGGUUUGGAGUCUUUCCUUAAGACAAGAGACGUUGUUAUUACAGAUGUGAAGGAGGUGAGAGAGGCGGAGGUGUUGAGAGAGAGCGCUGCUUCUGUUGACAUCCAAGAGAUCAAGGAGUUUGCAUACGAGCCUGCGAAUCCUGACGAUAUCUUCGCUAUGCUGGAAGAGAUGAAUCUCGGUGAAGGUCAUGAUGACAAAGAGAUGGAGAAGAAGCCUGUUGCUUACACUCACCAGAAUGAAGAAGAUGAUAGCGGUUGGGAGACGGUGAGCCACGUGGAAGAGCAAGGGUCUAGCUACUCACCAGAUGGAAGCAUACCUUCAGUGAACAAUCACAAUCACCGAGAGAGCAAUGCCUCAAGUUGUGGUGGUGGGACAGAUUUUUUAGGGAAAGGAUGGGAGGAGACUCCAACUACAGAGAUAAGCGAAGUGUGUUCUGUUCCAAGACGGUCAUCAUCCAAAAAGGUUUCAUCAAUAGCUAAACUCUGGAGAUCAUCAGGUGCAAGCAACAACGGAGAUAAUAACAGCUUCAAGGUGAUAUCAAUGGAAGGAAGGAAGUCAAGCGUUGGAAUGGUUUCAUCACCGGAGAGAGGCUCAAGCAAAGGAGGGUUUAGCCCAAUGAUGGAUUUGGUUGGACAGUGGAGCUCUUCACCGGAAUCUGCAAGCCAUCCUCAUGUGAACCGAGGAGGGAUGAAAGGUUGCAUAGAGUGGCCUAGAGGUGCAGCACAGAAGCAUAGUUUGAAGGCAAAACUCAUUGAAGCUCGGAUCGAAAGCCAGAAGGUUCAGUUGAAGCAUGUCCUUAAGCAGAAGAUUUAGAUGACACAACCAGUAAGAGUGGUUUAUCUGAUGAUCUCUCACCGGGGCUGUGAUUCUGUAUGAAGUAAUAAAAUGCUCCGGUGAAGCAGUCAGGAGAAGCCAGCAAGACCGGAGUUUUAGAUUUAUGCAUGUCGUUUUGGUCAUUAGCAAUUAAGCAAAACUGUUGUACUAUAAUAUUUGUUAUCUCGUCAUUAUGGAAGAUAAAACCUUUUAGCAGAG